AUGAGUCACGUCCCCCACAAUCUUCUUAAAUUUUUAAUUUACGAGUCCGUGUUUGACGUCCAGCUUCUUGGUGUACAGUUCGGACCCCCCACCAGGGGACAGGUGUUGUACAGGUUGAAGUACCUUUUUUUGAAAGUCGCGUUACUGCCUUUCGCGCAAGUCCUCCAUUCAAUCAUCGCACCAGCUCUUGGUCCUAUUCCAAUGCCCGGGGUCUCAUACUACUGGCUUGUUUUGUUCGAGUUGGUGGCACACUUGCACUCUCCCGUCGACGCAUCAGCUUCGCAGUUCAUUUUUGUUCGGAUUAUGGCACAUGCAUCCAGACAACAAAGAAAUGAGCGGGUAUGGGAAAAGAGAAAUUAUAUAGAAGUACCAUAUUUGUAG